GCGUAAGAGCGUUGGGGGCGGAAGUGACGAGAAGGUGGUAGUCGGGUAGUUGGCGGGUGGUUGAGUAGAACCGGUCGCCAUGUCCGCGGGGAGCGCGACACAUCCUGGAGCUGGCGGGCGACGCAGCAAAUGGGACCAACCAGCUCCAGCCCCACUUCUCUUCCUCCCGCCAGCGGCCCCAGGUGGGGAGGUCACCAGCAGUGGGGGAAGUCCUGGGGGCACCACAGCUGCUCCUUCAGGUGCCUUGGAUGCUGCUGCCGCUGUGGCUGCCAAGAUCAAUGCCAUGCUCAUGGCAAAAGGGAAGCUGAAACCAACACAGAAUGCUUCUGAGAAGCUUCAGGCUCCUGGCAAAGGCCUAACUAGCAAUAAAAGCAAGGAUGACCUGGUGGUAGCUGAAGUAGAAAUUAAUGAUGUGCCUCUCACAUAUAGGAACUUGCUGACUCGAGGACAGACUCAAGAUGAGAUCAGCCGCCUUAGUGGGGCUGCAGUAUCAACUCGAGGGAGGUUCAUGACAACUGAGGAAAAAGCCAAAGCGGGACCAGGGGAUCGUCCAUUAUAUCUUCAUGUUCAGGGCCAGACACGGGAAUUAGUGGACAGAGCUGUAAACCGGAUCAAAGAAAUUAUCACCCAUGGAGUGGUAAAAGCUGCCACAGGAACAAGUCCAACUUUUAAUGGUGCAACAGUAACUGUCUAUCACCAGCCAGCACCCAUCGCUCAGUUGUCUCCAGCUGUUAGCCAGAAGCCUCCCUUCCAGUCAGGGAUGCAUUAUGUUCAAGAUAAAUUAUUUGUGGGUCUAGAACAUGCUGUGCCCACUUUUAAUGUCAAGGAGAAGGUGGAAGGUCCAGGCUGCUCCUAUUUGCAGCACAUUCAGAUUGAAACAGGUGCCAAAGUCUUCCUGCGGGGCAAAGGUUCAGGCUGCAUUGAGCCAGCAUCUGGCCGAGAAGCUUUUGAGCCUAUGUAUAUUUACAUCAGUCACCCCAAACCAGAAGGCCUGGCUGCUGCCAAGAAGCUUUGUGAGAAUCUUUUGCAAACAGUUCAUGCUGAAUAUUCUAGAUUUGUGAAUCAGAUUAAUACUGCUGUACCUUUACCAGGCUAUACACAACCCUCUGCUAUAAGUAGUGUCCCUCCUCAACCACCAUAUUAUCCAUCCAAUGGCUAUCAGUCUGGUUACCCUGUUGUUCCCCCUCCUCAGCAGCCAGUUCAACCUCCCUACGGAGUACCAAGCAUAGUGCCACCAGCUGUUUCAUUAGCACCUGGAGUCUUGCCGGCAUUACCUACUGGAGUUCCACCUGUGCCAACACAAUACCCGAUAACACAAGUGCAGCCUCCAGCUAGCACUGGACAGAGUCCGAUGGGUGGUCCUUUUAUUCCUGCUGCUCCUGUCAAAACUGCCUUGCCUGCUGGCCCCCAGCCCCAGCCCCAGCCCCAGCCCCCACUCCCAAGUCAGCCCCAGGCACAGAAGAGACGAUUCACAGAGGAGCUGCCAGAUGAACGGGAAUCUGGACUGCUUGGAUACCAGCAUGGACCCAUUCAUAUGACUAAUUUAGGUACAGGCUUCUCCAGUCAGAAUGAGAUUGAAGGUGCAGGAUCGAAGCCAGCAAGUUCCUCAGGCAAAGAGAGAGAGAGGGACAGGCAGUUGAUGCCUCCACCAGCCUUUCCAGUGACUGGAAUAAAAACAGAGUCCGAUGAAAGGAAUGGGUCUGGGACCUUAACAGGGAGCCAUGAUUAUCCAGCCAAGAAGAUGAAAACUACAGAGAAGGGAUUUGGCUUGGUGGCUUAUGCCGCAGAUUCAUCUGACGAAGAGGAGGAACAUGGAGGUCAUAAAAAUGCAAGUAAUUUUCCACAGGGCUGGAGUUUGGGAUACCAAUAUCCUUCAUCACAACCACGAGCUAAACAACAGAUGCCAUUCUGGAUGGCUCCCUAGGAAACAGUGGAACAGAGUUUUGACCCUCAGUGACUCUUCUUAGCAAUAAUGCAUGCAUUUGAUUUAACAAGACUCUGGGGCCUGUGCUGGGAACCAACUUGCACUUUGCAGAAGUUUGAGAUUCAGUGCCGCCCUUUCUUAAAGGGGUUCCUUAACAACAACAACAACAACAAAAAUCCUUAUUUCUGCAGUGGCAUAGAAUCUGUUAAAAUUUAUUUAGAAUCACAAACUUAUCUCAGAAGCUUUUUAACAGUUCGUGAAAUGUGCUUGUCCAACAAAGCAUCCUAACAGGGUCGUUCCCAUACACAUUUGACCUGGUCCAGCCUUUUCCAAAUGAAUAGACCCAAUUCUGACAUAAAGAAAGUUUUAUUUGUAUUUUACUACUGUUUGGUCAGUUUUGAUACAUAACUGGUUACAAACAGAGCCUUACUAUUUAUUAGUGGGGAAAUUAUUUUAAGACCGUCCUUUUCAAUAUUUAAUUCUGACAGAUCUGCAUCGCUGUUUCAUUUUGGAUUCUUUCUGUUUUGGAAAAUGCUGUCUCAUUUAAAACUGUUGGAUAUAGCUGGAUCCUGGAUAGGAAAAUGAAGUUAUUUUUUCAUUGUGUUUUUUAAUUGGGGUGAUCCAGAGCUGGCACCUUCAGGCACAUUGGUCUCAUAGCCAUUACUGUUUUUAUUGCCCUUCUAAGAUCCUGUCUUCAGCUGGGUCAGAGAAAACUUCCUGACUAAAACUGGUCAGAACUCAUCACAGAAAUGAAACACAGUGGUCUGUCUCUCUCAGAACUGGUUGCAGCUAAAAUAGAGAGAUCUGACUGCUGGCUAUAGGAUUUUGGACUUAAUGACUGAAAUUGCAACUUGUCCUUUUUCUUGGCAUUACAGGUUUUGCCAAAAGAACUUUUUUUGUAUCAGAUAUUGAUGUGUGAAAGUGAAGGAGCUAGUCUGCUGAACCAGGAAUAGUUUGAGAUAUUGAACUGUCAUUUUUGCACAUUUGAAUACUUUGCAGGCUGGCUUUGUAUAAACUUAUCCUCCGGUUUCCUAUAUGUUGUAAAUAUGUAGACCAUAAUUUCAUUAUAAAUAAAUGUAUAAAUAUUCUG